AUGGCGACAGCAGUUCGCAUUUGCGUGUGCGGCGACGAGGGCACUGGCAAAUCCAGCCUGAUCGCGUCGCUAGUCAAGGACGUCUUCGUUGCCAGUAAGAUCCAGCCCGUCCUCCCUCAAAUCACGAUACCGCCAAACAUCGGCACCCCCGAAAAUGUAGUCACCACCAUCGUCGAUACCUCGGCUCGGCCGCAGGACCGCACAACCCUGCGCAAGGAGAUCCGCAAGUCCAACGUCAUUAUGCUUGUCUACUCGGACCACUACAGCUACGAGAGGGUUGCGCUCUUUUGGAUGCCGUAUUUCCGAUCCCUUGGGGUUAACGUCCCCGUGGUUUUGUGUGCCAACAAGUCGGAUCUUGCCCGCGAGGCCAGCCAAGGGGGGGAUGGCGGCUUCACCCAGGUUGCCGAUGAGGAGAUGCUCCCAGUCAUGGCUGAGUUUCGCGAGAUCGACUCGUGUGUGCGCUCGAGUGCCAAGGAGCAUAGGAACGUUGUCGAGGCCUUCUUUCUCUGUCAGAAGGCGGUGACGCACCCGAUCGCUCCGCUAUAUGAUUACAAGGAGGCUAAGCUGAAGCCUGCCUGCAUCAACGCGCUGAAGAGGAUAUUCUAUCUCAGCGACAAGGACCAGGACGGUUAUCUAAACGACCGGGAGAUGCAUGAGUUCCAGGCCAAGUCGUUCGAUAAGCCUUUGAAGCCGGAGGAGUUGGAAAAUAUCAAGACCACGAUUGCAAAUGCAAUCCCUGGGUCGAGGACUGACCUCGGUGUUGAUUUACCGGGGUUCCUACAGCUGAACAAGCUGUACGCCGAGAAGGGCCGUCACGAGACUAUCUGGACAAUUCUGCGCCAGUACCACUAUACGGACAGUCUGAGCUUACAGGACAGUUUCUUGCAUCCAAAGUUUGAUGUGCCAGAGUAUGCCUCGGCCGAGUUGAGCCCUGCCGGCUACAGAUUCUUUGUGGAUCUGUUCCUACUCUUUGACAAGGACAACGAUGGAGGACUCAAUGAUGCGGAGCUAGCGGCAAUGUUUGCACCAACCCCUGGCCUGCCCCAAUCAUGGUCAGAAACCUCAUUCCCUUCCUCAACUGUCAGGAACGAGGCCGGGCACAUCACGCUACAGGGAUGGUUGGCGCAGUGGAGCAUGACUACCUUUGUUGAACCCAAGACUACACUCGAGUACCUGGCAUACUUGGGUUUUGAGCCCCCGACUCCAAGGGAUACCAUCACGGCGGCCCUGAAGAUCACCAAGUCGCGGAAGAGGAGAAGAAAGCCAGGAAGGGUAGAGCGUAACGUGGUCCUGUGCUACAUCAUCGGCGCCUCAGGCGCAGGGAAGUCCUCACUCCUGGAUGCAUUCCUAAACAGGCCUUUCGAGCCUCUUUACCAUCCUACUAUCAAGCCUCGACGGGCUGUCAACAGCGUGGAGCUCCAGGGCGGCAAGCAAUGCUACCUGAUCCUUGAGGAGCUUGGAGAAUUGGAGCCGGCGAUUCUGGAGAACCAGGCCAAGCUUGAUGCGUGCGACCUGAUUUGUUAUGCGUACGACUCGUCGGACCCGGACUCCUUCUCACACAUCGAGAACCUCCGACGGCGCUAUCCACAGCUCGACGACCUGCCGGCCAUCUACACGGCGCUCAAGGCUGACAGGGACAAGACGACGCAGCGCAGCGAGCUGCAGCCGGACGCCUACACAUCUAGCCUCAACAUGAGCACUCCCCUUCACGUUAGUGUCACGUGGAGUAGCAUUAGCGAGCUGUUUGUCGCUCUCGCCGAGGCGGCCACGAACCCCAGCACCGCCUUCCCCAAGAGCGAGGAGCCGCCGGCGGACCGGACGAGUCUGUACGUUGCGCUUGGAGCGACGGCGUGCGCGGCGGCGGCGGCAUUUAUGAUCUGGCGUCGCUCAACAAAUUCUAUCUAG